UCCCCGGCGGCUGCGGGGACUCCGUCAGUGCAGCCGUGGAUGGAGACGGCGGGCGAGCGGCAGCUCGCUCAGAACAGCAAUGACGAACCCGACCGGCGCUCAGCGGAAAUGAGCCGCCGAACUCCGCACCCGCGGCGCGGUUCCGGACGGGAUAUGACGACGGCCUGGAUGCUGGUCGUGGCCGCCUGCGUCGGUGCCCGCACCGCCGGAGGAUCCCCGCUGGAGCCCGAGGUUUUCCUGGAGAAGUACGGCUACCUGCAGCCGGACAGCGGCGUCCACACCAGCGCCGAGCUGCAGUCGGCGCUCCGCCACUUCCAGCGGCUGUCCCGCAUCCCGGUCACGGGCGUGCUGGACGGCGCCACCGUGAGGCUGAUGCUGGAGCCUCGCUGCGGGGUGUCGGACGAGGGCAGCCGGCACAUCUGGGCUCGGAGGGUGCGCGCCGCGUUGACCGGAAGGAGCGGAGCCGCGGGACCACGGCGCCGCAGGAGGCGCUCGGCUGCGGAAGGCGAGAAGUGGUUCAAGCGCCGCCUGACGUACCAGCUGGUGAACUGGCCUCGCCACCUGGCCGCCGGCUCCGUGCGGCUCGCGGUGCGGGCGGCCUUCCAGCUGUGGAGCAACGUGUCCGGCCUGGCGUUCCAGGAGGCGCCCGGAGGCCCUGCGGACAUCCGGCUGGCCUUCUACGAGGGCGACCACAACGACGGGGCGAGCAACGCCUUCGACGGACCGGGGGGGACGCUGGCCCACGCCUUCCUGCCCCGUCGGGGGGAGGCCCACUUCGACAUGGCCGAGCGGUGGACGCUGAACGGACACAAGGGCCACAACCUGUUCCUGGUGACGGCCCACGAGGUGGGACACACGCUGGGGCUGGAGCACUCGCCCGUGCGCCACGCCCUCAUGUCGCCCUACUACAGGAAGCCGGGCCGCAGCCUGGUGCUGAGCUGGGACGACAUCGUGGCGGUGCAGCAGCUGUACGGGAAGCCGCCAGGAGAGCGUCCCGUGAGGCUGCCGGGUCAGGUUCUACAUGCCGCGCUGCAGGAGUGGGAGCUCACGGAGCUCCACCGAGGGCAGAAAAGCAGCGGGCAGCCUCUGUACUGCCAAGGGGUCUUUGAUGCCAUCACUAUGGACCAGAAUGACACGGUGCUGGUGUUCCGGGGCAGCGUGUUCUGGACGGUGUCGGCCGAGGGCAGUGCGACAGGCCCACUGCCUCUGCAGCAGCGCUGGUCCGACCUCCCCUCAGCCAUCGAGGCUGCUGCCUUCUCUCUUCUGGACUCCAAGUGGUAUUUUUUCAAAGGGAAGCGGAUGUGGCGCUACACUGACGGCACCCUGGACCCAGGCUUUCCCAGAACGACCACCGGGUUGGGCUUACCUCGCCACCCUGACUCUGCUUUCUAUUAUGCCCCGCUGGGUCACAUGGUCCUGUUUAAAGGCUCCCGCUACUCAGUGCUUAACCUGAAAACCCUGCAUCAAGAGCCCUACUACCCCCGCAGGCUGACGGACUGGACCGGCGUCCCACAGGGCACCAACGGGGCGCUGCAUCGCCCGAACGGUCGCCUCUAUCUGUUCAGAGAACAGAAGUUCUGGAGAUUUGACCCGGUUAAGGUGCGAGUCACAAAAGAGGGCCACUGGGCCAAGGAUCUGAGCUGGACUGGUUGCAGCAAUGUUCUUCAGAGCAACAGCAUCCUUUGACCAACAGGGGGCGCUGUAGGUUUUAGAGAAAAUGUGAUGUUUACUGGAAAAAGAUGCAAGAUUUUUACAACAAACACGUGGGUCUGAUUUUAAUAAUCCCACUUGAUUUGUAAAGUACAUUUGUGUGAGUGAGCGUAUUUAAACUGCAGCGAUAGUAAUAUUAAUAUGCAUUUAUUAUUUUUAUAAAUACAAUUUAACGAUCCACAUAAUGUAGACCUCCUCAUUAGGCAGUAAUACCUAAUAGCCGUAAACAGCUGAACACAUUCACAUCUUGCUGCCCUGCAUGUCCUCAGUGAGCAAAACAUACUGCGUGACCUUGGUUUAUAUGCACUGGAUAAACCCGAUUUAAUCAGUGUACCACGUGGAUAUCAGAUCCAAGUUUCUGUUAAUGUGUUUAUUUAAAGAUAUUUCAUGGCCACUAAAAUGUUUGUUUUUUUGGAAAAUAGGGUUUGAACAGCAUGGGUUUCAUCAGGACACUGAAUGAUGCACUACAACUGAUUUGUUUGCAUAUUGUUGUUUUGCUUUCUGUGACUUUCUUUGCCUGUAUGUAUAUCACACCAUACAUACUAAUAAUUAAAUUAUUUUAAAAUAUA